AUGACGUCACCUAGCGGCUGGUGGGAGCUGAGCGGCGAUCUGGUGCGCAAGGCCUGUGGUGUGCGGGCCGCGCUGGCGGCGCGCGCGCUGCUGACCUGGCUCAACGAGGCCGUGGAUGCGUGCGCGCAGCUGCCCACCGAACAAGAAUAUUCGCUGCGGUGUAUAUUCCCGGCACUACGGCAAGCGAAGCCGAACGAUGACUCUACCAAGGACUGGUUCUUGCAACUUAUGGCGCGUACACAGGUGGCAUUUAAAGAAACCGAAGAUGAGUCUGCGAAGCUGUACCUGUGUGACGUGUUCAUGUUGAGCGUUAUAGUGUUCAGCGGGAUUUGGACCUUCGAGCCGGACAUCGAAGUGUUGAUCAGGAGCCGCGCUUGUCGCCAGGCCUUGUUGCCAGCGGCCGCCGCCACGCUGCUCGCUCGCGAGCCGUGGACCCACUGUACUCUUCAGAUGCUGGAAUGGCUGUCUCACACGCGGACUGCAACUAGCGACGCAAGUAUGGCACAGUGUUGCCAGCGGGCCCUGCUUGCCCUGCGCCACACGGAGCACUUCACCACGCAUAAAAUCUGGAUCAGACUAGAAAGCCACUUUGCCGUAACCGACGCUAGUAACUCGGAUGACUGA